AUGCCUGAGCCAGCGAAGUCCGCACCUAAGAAGGGGUCCAAGAAGGCCGUUACUAAAACCACUGUAAAGGGCGGUAAGAAGCGCAAGAGGUCCAGGAAGGAGAGCUAUGCUAUCUACGUCUACAAGGUCCUGAAGCAGGUUCAUCCUGACACCGGGAUUUCCUCUAAGGCCAUGGGGAUCAUGAACUCUUUCGUCAAUGAUAUUUUCGAGCGUAUCGCCGGUGAGUCCUCUCGUCUCGCUCACUACAACAAGCGCUCCACCAUCACAUCCAGAGAGAUCCAGACCGCCGUGCGUCUGCUGCUGCCCGGUGAACUCGCCAAACACGCCGUGUCUGAGGGGACAAAGGCCGUCACCAAGUACACCAGCUCCAAAUAAAUCUCUUGAAGCUUUCAACACCCCAAAGGCUCUUUUAAGAGCCACCCACUUUAUCGGUUUAAGAGCUUUCUAUUUGUUUUGUGAAGUUUCACUUUUUAUGCCACUUAGUUGUGAUUUAAAGGUUUGUUUAUAAUGUUUGGUUUAUUUUAACGAAUUAGAACAUCAGUUAUUCAUUUUUAAAAUCAUACCUUUAUUAUUUGGUGUCGCAGUCUUGUGCAUCAUCUAUUAUAUUUAUUAGUGUUGUCUCAGUUGUCAUUGCU